AUACGAUAUACGACCAACCCAAUCCAUGAAACACAAUUGACCUUUGUUAAUCCCACACUCUAAAUAAGUGGCAAUUGCAAUCUCCAUACUCAUAGGGCUCAAGGGGAUGAACGACACCGGCGCCUUGUUAAAGAAGCCUUGAAAUCUGAGCAGUAGCGGCAAGAUGCUUUCCGCACUUCCAGUGCCCCACCGUUGGAGGCCGUCCAACAACGACAGCGACAGAUCGUUCACCUCUGGCUUACACAAACGUUUCACCAAACGCCUCUUGCAUUUCUACAGACGCAAACGAAGUAAACCUGAUGUCAAAGUGACCGCGAAAACAAAGCAAACACGCAAUACCACAUCAACCAAAGGAGACGAUAAUGGCGAAUCAAUUGGCCAGGAUAAGACCUACAACGCCCUGAUCCUGCUGUUCAACUCAGGCUACCCUGUAGCUAACAUCCUGGCCCGAGCGAGGCUGCACAUUCAACAAAAUGUUCUCAAUGCGCACAGUGGCCAUCUGGGGGAUUUGGGCCCAGCCUUGCGCAUCGGCCCGUUCCUGACGUCUGAUCUUGCCCCUCAGAAGCUAGGCAUCUCUACAGGGGAUCAACACAUGGCUGCUAUGGGGGGACCCUCUAGCCAGAAACGGCCACCGGGAAGCCCUGGCAAGUCUGGUAGCACCAGCAAAAAGCCGCGCAAGGAGAACAGACAUCCCGACGACAGGGCCCAGAGUGACACAGAUGGUGAUGAUGAGGACGAUGAAGGUGAUCCUGGCCGCGACGGACCGCGUUUUCCUUUGCCUAAGAGUUCCCCGGACCGCAAAAGCUUCGUAUGCCCAUUUUACAAGAACCAUCCAGCUCGGUAUUGUAAAUGCAAAGGGCUCCGCAUAACCGCCAUCAGCUAUGUUACACAGCACAUCCGCAGAUGCCAUGUAUUGAAACAAGUUACGAUGGAUGUACAGGAAACCGCCCAAUCCAUGGAUGGCAAUUCCACUUACCUGGAGAAAACAAAGGACCCCGAUAAGAUCGUUUUCUACUGUCCGACAUGCCGGGACGAGUUCCGUGGCCGUGGCGCCGAUGUCAGAUGGGAUCGCCACACAGGCUGCCGGAAACAAAGCAUUGCACAGACAGGGGUUUUACUACCGGUAGAGUUUGAAAAGCUCAAGGAGGAAGUCACUGCGACGUCUGGAAAUUAUAGGAAGUGGGAGAAGAUAUGGACAACUUUAUUCCCUGGAACAUCUAUCCCAACCCAGUACAACGAGGCAGAAACUGGUGAUGAUACACAGCCACAUACCAUUAUCCGACACCAGCCAUUCCCCGGCCCUGUCAUUGAGACUUUCCAUCAUCCACCAGAAGUUUUCGCUCCCCAAAUGCCGGACUUUACGCCAGCUCCUGACAUUUAUUUGGGCGAUGCUAGAUUUAUCGACUUACUUAACGGCCACUGGGAUAUGGCAGAUAAUAUUGGAAAUAUGGAUUACGCCACAGGCCACAUCCCGAAUCCCGCACCGACUGAUUUGCGGACGAUUAGGAGGCCAGCGCGAUUCGAUCCUAAUUUUAUGCAGUCGCUCAUAUCUGUAUCAACACAAAACCCGACAUUUCCCAACAAUGAUUGGACUCAGAGCAAAUACCACGGCGCUCAAUGACUAAGAUCCUUGAGUCUCGCCGAUACAGGUAUAUAUCGUUUUUAAUGUUGUUCUUCCUCUGGUUUCAUUUUCGUCUUUAUCUUGGUUUCUGCGUUUAGAAGCGAAAAGUGGAGCGGUCAAACAAAAAAAGACGCUGGCGUUGCAAACACAAUUGAGGUCUUGGGUUUUAAUGAUGAUACAGGGAUGAAUAAUUGAAGCGUUAAGGGAGUUAUUGCAAAUUUAUCAUGAGAUAUAAAAUUUGAGCGACAAUCGUGGUUCAUUUUAGCAACAACAUUGU